AUGUCUGAAGACUUAUCGAGGGCUUGUGAUACACUUCUCAGAAGUACUUCAAUACUAAAGCACAGUUAUGGUGUUCCCAAGUGGCCCACAAACCUUUACAAAGGCUCUAAAUUACAUCCUUUGGAAUCUAAGUAUGCUGAUUUACACAAAGAAUUGUCCCGAAAGUUAAAUAAGUUGAUCUAUUUAAGUGAAUUGGAUGUUAUUUACAAAUUGGCUCCUAUGGAAAUAGACUCACAAUAUCGAGCGAUAAUCAAUGAAUUUUCAAUGAUAGAUCCUAAUGAUUUAAAGAGAUUUUUAAGCACUCAGAAUGAGAAUUUCAAAACUGAACUACUAAUGAAUGAGUACUUACAAAUCAUUCUACCUGUUCUACGUUCCGUGCAUCAUAUAAACUUGACCUUAACAGAAAAAGAUAUUUUGCAUACUUUAAAAAGCUUAUACGAAGAUGAGUCGGGAAUAAUAUAUUCAUUGAUGAAUGAGUAUAACAGCAGCAAUGAGAAUCAAGACAAGCUAAAUGAUAAUUAUACUAAGAUAUCCAACUUGUUGUUGAAUGCUGUUAAACCAAAAAUUUUGAAACUAAAUGAGCUUGACAAGGAAAUAGAGCUCUCCUCUGAUAAACUUAUCAAUGGCCAGAAGCAACAGGUUGCUGAGGUCAUUGAUGAGUUAGACUCUACCCCUGAAGGCAAUGAGCUCAUAGCGGGAUUCAAAAGCCUAAUUGCAAAGUGGAAUUACCUAUCUAUUUUGUGCGACUUUCUUCCUUCCCUGAUUACAAGUUUGCCAACUAAUUGGUUCAAAGAUGAAUCUCUAUUUAAUAUAAUAAUUGAUUGUGAGAAGUUAUCUGAAAGAGUCAGAAAAUAUCAACUACUCGUGAAUAUUAAUAGUUUUGAGAACUUUUCAAUUCAAGAUUUACUCAUGCUUAACUUUGUUGAAUUAGAAGAAUAG